AAAGAAAAAGAAACCUGAGCUCUCUGGGAGGAAAUUCAAAGGAACCACGAGAAAUUAACUUCAUUCUGCAAAGACUAAAAUAGAGCCAGGGGAGCGAGGUCGGGGAGGAGCGCGGGGAAGCGCAGGGGGACGGCACAGAAGCCACGCCGGCUGGCGGAGUUUCCAGGCCAGGUAGCCAGAAGAGGCACUCUUCUGGGGCUAUUUGAAAAAGUUUGGUCUGUGAACAAAACAGUUUCCCUGGUGACUGCAAAUCCAUUGCUAGCUGUCUCUUUCUCCUUUCCCCAUCACUCUGCUGUGGUACCCAGAAGUUGCCUUCUGGUUCUGUGAAAAGAGCUGGAGGAGGGAUGACGCGCUUGAGGGUUCUGAGAAUAAGCCUGGUGAUCUUGGCGGGGUGGGCAUGCAGCACUGCCAACUCUGAGCUGGGCUGGACACGCAAGAAAUCCUUGGCUCAGAGGGGACACCUGAAUCAGGUGCUGCUGGAAGGAGAACACUGUUGGCUGGGGGCUAGGGCUCGAAGACCUAGAGCCGCUCCCCAGCAUCACCUCUUUGGGGUGUACCCCAGCAGGCCUGGGGACUACCUGAGGCCGUAUCCUGUGGGCGAGCAGGGAAUCCGUCCUGCAGGACGCAGUGAGCCAGACACCGGGGGAAAGGCUGUGAGCCUUGUUCCCCAAGACUGGAUGGGAAAUACAGCAGGAGCGAGGAGUGGGGCUGAGCCGCCAGUGGCCCCAUGGCUAGGGGAUGGUCCUAUGGGACAAUCUGAGCCGCUGGGAGAUGAUGACACUUAUGUAGGCAACCAAAGAUCCAAGGAGUCUCUAGGUGAGACUGGGACUCGGAAAAGCACAGCCACAGCUGCCACCAUCACCACCGCCUUUUCAAGCCUGAAGGAACUCAAAGCAGAGACCCAAGGGAAGGACAGGCCCAAGUCUGGGCACCGUCGCCCGGCGGUGAAGAGGCAGGCAGAAGACGCGUGGGGAGGUGCGGGUGGCUCUCCUCCGCGUUCCCAGCCUCGGCCCGAGCGUCCCCCUAAGCAUGGGGUCAGAGACAGCCCGCUGGAGGACAGCACCCAAAACGGUGGAGGGGACCCUUCUUGGGACGCAGGGACCUCGGACUCCCAAGGAGGACUGCCUGUCUUGUACUUCUCUGGGAGGCAGGAGCGGCUGCGGCUGCGUCCGGAAGUGCUGGCUGAGACUCCCCGGGAGGCGUUCACAGUGGAAGCCUGGGUUAAGCCGGAGGGAGGACAGAACAACCCAGCCAUCAUCGCAGGUGUGUUUGACAACUGCUCCCACACUGUCAGUGACAAGGGCUGGGCCCUGGGGAUCCGCUCAGGGACGGAUAAGGGAAGGCGAGAUGCCCGAUUCUUCUUCUCCCUGCGCACCGACCGUAUGAAGAAAGCCACCGUCGUGGUUUCCCACAGGCGCUACCAACCGGGCGUGUGGACGCACGUGGCAGCCACGUACGACGGACGGCGCAUGGCCCUGUACGUGGACGGCACCCAGGUGGCUAGUAGCCCGGACCAGUCUGGGCCCCUGAACAGCCCCUUCAUGGCGUCCUGCCGCUCUCUGCUCCUGGGCGGCGACAGCUCGGAGCGCGGGCACCAUUUCCGCGGACACGUGGGCACGCUGGCCGUGUGGUCGGCCGCGCUCCCGCAGGGCCACCUGCAGCACAGCCCGCAGCGUGCCGACGGGGCGGAGCAGCUGAGCGCCCUGGUGCUGGCCGCCAGCUUCGAGCCCCUGGAAGAACAGUGGGCUCCUUUCAGAGAAGGGACGUUCCCGCGGCUCGAGGUUCUCCAGGGCUCCGGGCCAGAGCCCGAGGUUCUGUCGCCUCUGCAGCCCCCUCCCUGCGGACAAACGGCUUGCGACAACGUGGAGCUGAUCUCGCAGUACAACGGCCACUGGCCGCUGCGCGGGGAGAAGGUGCUACGCUACCAGGUGGUGAACGUGUGCGACGACGAGGGCCGGGACCCCACGGUGAGCGAGGAGCAGGUGCGCCGGCAGCACGCCGCCCUGAACGAGGCCUUCGCGCGCUACAACAUCAGCUGGCGGCUGAGCGUCCGCCGGGUGCACAACUCCACCCUGCGCCGCCGCGUCGUGCUCGUCAACUGCGAGCCCGGCAAGGUCGGCAACGACCACUGUGACCCCGAGUGCGAGCACCCGCUCACCGGCUACGACGGCGGCGACUGCCGGCUGCAGGCCCGCUGCUACUCCUGGAACCGCAGGGACGGCGUCUGCCACGCCGAGUGCAACAACAUGCUGAACGACUUCGACGACGGGGACUGCUGCGACCCUGCGGUGGCCGACGUGCGCAAGACCUGCUUCGACCCUGACUCGCCCAGGAGGGCAUACAUGAGCGUGAAGGAGCUGAAGGAGGCCCUGCAGCUCAACAGCACUCACUUCCUCAACGUCUACUUUGCCAGCUCUGUGCGGGAAGACCUUGCAGGUGCAGCCACCUGGCCUUGGGACAAGGAAGCCAUCAGUCACCUGGGUGGCGUGGUCCUGAACCCAGCCUAUUACGGCAUGCCGGGCCACACCAACAUCAUGAUCCACGAGGUAGGGCACGUCCUGGGACUCUACCACGUCUUCAAGGGGGUCAGUGAAAGAGAAUCCUGUGAUGACCCCUGCAGGGAGACGGCGCCAUCCAUGGAAACAGGGGACCUCUGCGCCGACACGGCCCCCACGCCCAAGAGCAAGCUGUGCGGGGACCCGGAGCCCACCAACGACACCUGCGGCUUCGCUCACUUCCCGGGGGCUCCAUUCAGCAACUACAUGAGCUACACAGAUGACGACUGCACCGACAGCUUCACCCCUAACCAAGUGGCCCGAAUGCAUUGCUAUUUGGACCUCGUCUACCAGCAAUGGAGUGAAAGCAGGAAGCCCACCCCCAUUCCCAUCCCCCCCAUGGUCAUCGGGCAGACCCGCAGGUCCCUCACCAUCCACUGGCUGCCUCCCAUCAGUGGAGUCGUGUAUGACAGGGCCCUGAGCAGUGUGUGUGGCGCCUGCACUGAAGAUGGGACGUUCCGUCAGUACGUGCACACAGCUUCCUCCCGGCGGGUGUGCGACUCCUCAGGUUACUGGACCCCAGAGGAGGCUGUGGGGCCUCCUGACGUGGAUCAGCCCUGUGAGCCGAGCCUGCAGGCCUGGAGUCCUGAGCUCCACCUGUACCACAUGAACAUGACGGUCCCCUGCCCCACAGAAGGCUGUAGCCUGGAGCUGCUCUUCCAACACCCGGUCCGAGCCGACACCCUCACCCUGUGGGUCACUUACCUCUCCAUGGACUCCUCCCAGGCACUCUUUGACACGGAGAUUUUGCUGGAACACCAGGAGUCUGUGCACCUGGGCCCCUUAGACACUUUCUGUGACACCCCACUCACGAUCAAGCUGCACGUGGAUGGGAAGGUCUCGGGGGUGAAAGUCUACACCUUUGAUGAGCGGAUGGAGAUCGACGCGGCCCUCCUGACCUCCCGGCCCCGCAGCGCCCUGUGCGCCGGCUGCAGGCCGGUGGGCUACCGGGUUCUCCGGGAGCCGCCCUUCCCCAGCGGCGCGGCCGUGGCCGUGACACACCCUCGCAGGAGGUUCACGGACGAGGAAGUCACACCUGGGCAGAUGUAUCGGUACCAAGUUCAAGUUGAAGCUGGAACAGAACUGGGAGAAGCUUCACCUCCUCUGAACCACAUCCAUGGAGCUCCUUACUGUGGAGAUGGGAAGGUGGCAGGGAGCCUGGGAGAAGAGUGUGAUGACGGAGACCUCCUGAGCGGAGAUGGCUGCUCUAGGGCAUGUGAGCUAGAAGAAGGCUUCAAAUGCGUAGGGGAGCCGAGCCUUUGCUACCUGUACGAGGGAGAUGGGGUAUGCGAGCCUUUUGAGAGGGACACCAGCAUCGUGGACUGUGGCCUCCACACUCCCAAAGGACUCCUGGAUCUAUGGGCCACCCAGGCUUACUCCUCUAACGAGGACAAGAGGAAGUGCCCUGUUUCCUUGGUAACUGGAGAACCUCAUUCCAUGGUUUGCACGCCAUACCAUCCAGAUUUGCCCAGGCACCAUCCCCUCACUGGCUGGUUUCCCUGUGUUACCAGUGGAAACAGAGCUCAGGAGGAAGAGAGUGAGCAGCCGGAAGGUGGCCUGCAGAAAGAGGAUGAGGUUUGGCUUAAAGUGUGUUUCAAUAGACCAGGAGUGGCCUCAGCAAUUCUUAUUUUCUUGACGACCGAUGGCUUGGUCCCUGGGAAGCAUCAGAAGCCAACAGUGACCCUCCACAUGACCGAUGUCAGUGGAAAGAACCACUCUCUUGGAACCUAUGAACUGUCAUGCCAGCAAAACCCACUGAUUAUCAAUGUGACCCAUCACCCGAAUAUCCUCUUCCAUCCUACCACCUCAGUGCUGCUGAAAUUCUCUUCCCCACUGGUGGGCAUCUCGGCGGUGGCUCUAAGGACACCCUCCCACAUCAGCCCUUCAGCUCCUGACAGCUGCAUCCCAGAGCACACGAGGGAAAAUCAUCAGGAACACAGCUGUGUCCAUCGGCCCUGUGGGGAGCAGGGCAGCUGUGUGCCAUUGCUGCUUGAUCACGCUGAUGUGGCGAACUGUACCUCUAGUGGCCCAGGUCACAUGAAGUGUGCUAUCACCUGUCAAAGGGGAUGUGCCCUUCAGACCAGCAGCGGGCAGUUCCUCAGGCCCGUGCAGAAGGAAAUUCUGCUCACAUGUUCUUCCGGGCACUGGGACCGGGAUGUGAGCUGCAUGCCGCUGGACUGUGGAGUUCCUGACCCGUCUCUGGUGAACCAUGCAACCUUCUCCUGCUCAGAGGGAACCGGCUUUCUGAAACGCUGCUCGAUCUCUUGUGUCCCACCAGCCAAGCUGCAAGGACUGAGCCCGUGGCUGACCUGUCUGGAGGACGGGCUGUGGUCUCUCCCCGACGUCUACUGCAAGUUGGAGUGUGGCGUUCCCCCCAUCAUUCCAAACGCCGACUUGCUCCUGCCUCACUGCCUGCAGGGCAGCCACGACGUGGGCACCGUCUGCAGAUACGAAUGCAAACCCGGAUACUACGCGGUGGAAAGCGCAGAGAGUGAAGUCAGGAACAAGUUCUUGAAGAUACAAUGCCUGGAAGGUGGAGUCUGGGAGCAGGGCAGCUGCACCCCUGUGGUGUGCGAGCCCCCUUCUCCUGUGUUUGAAGGCAUGUAUGAAUGUACCAAUGGCUUCAACCUGGACAGCCAGUGUGUGCUUAACUGUAACAAGGAAAGUGAAAAGCUUCCCAUCCUCUGCACUAAAGAGGGACUGUGGACCCAGGAGUUCAAGUUGUGUGAGAACCUGCAAGGGGAAUGCCCACCACCCCCUUCAGAGCUGAAUUUAGUGGAAUACAAGUGUGAACAAGGAUAUGGGAUUGGUGCGGUGUGCUCCCCGUCGUGUAUAAUCCCCCCCAGUGACCCCGUGACGCUGCCUGAGAACACCACUGUGGACACUCUGGAGCACUGGAUGAAGCCUGUCAAAGUCCAGAACAUCGUGUGCACAGGCCGGCGCCAAUGGCACCCGGAUCCUGUCCUGGUCCACUGCAUCCAGUCGUGCGAGCCCUUCCAAGCGGACGGCUGGUGCGACACGAUCAACAACCGGGCCUACUGCCACUACGAUGGGGGAGACUGCUGCUCUUCCACGCUGUCCUCCAAGAAGGUCAUUCCAUUUGCUGCUGACUGCGACCUGGAUGAAUGCACCUGCCGAGACCCCACGGCAGAAGAAAAUCAGUAGCUGUGGGAUUGGCCCUCCCUCCACAGCCCAGAGGCAGUAAAAAAGGCCAACACAGGAGGAAACAGAGUGAAGGAAGAAGAAAGGUCAUGAAGUAGAGGAAGGAGCAAAAGUGUGAAGGAUCUCAUAGGAAAUGCUAGAGGAUAUUUACUUACAGUUGCCACCUAGUGCAUCAAGUAGCCCAAGGGGGGGAGAAUCCUAGGCAAAUUUUCUUUAGAGUGGAAGGAGAAACACGGAAGAUAUAUAAGGACCCUCCCCACUUACAUUCUGCUCAGAGCCAUCCUCAGCGCCUGCCCUGCUCCCCACUCUGCACCCUGCCAGCUGCUCAGCCCCACCCAACCUGCAAACUAAUAGCAAAACACGAGGAGAGAUGUUGGCAGGGACACUGUUAAUACCCAUUUCGAAUGGAUUGCCAUCUUUCAGGGCUCAUCUACUCUCAGCUGGUUAUUUCCCUUUCUUUUGUGUAGGCUUCUUUAAAUAAUGAAGUUAGUUAUUAAUUCUUUAUAAGUAUUUAAACAUAAUUAUAUAAAUAUAUUAUAUAUAUUAUAUUUUUUGCUGUUUACUAAGCUAAAAAUCCAUUGUUCCACACAUGCUGCUGUGAAGUUCACGUUCAAAAUGAAUGCUGAGGCUUUGAGGACAAAAAGACAAGUUGCCUGCCGUCUUGCUAUUGUUGGGGAUUGACAGGUCGAAUGGGAAGGGAGAAGGAGAGAGAGUGAUUGGAUGAAAUUCUAGAUGCUAGUUUGUCAGCUGAUCAUCUUUUUAUGACCUGGGAGCUGGGCCCACUUGAAGGAGGUAAGGAGUUGGAAUGAUAACACUAAGAGUCGUGAAAGUUGGGUGUGAGUACCUACCGGUGAUGGGUCCAGGAGAAUUAGACUGUGGUUCUUGAGAUUUUGCCCAAAAAGAAGAUAUUAACUUUCCUCCACUUCUCAGAACUCUCAAUUGGAGUUGGUGAGACCCAGGAUUUUCUGCACUUCCAUAUAUCCCCAUUCCAAAUGUGACCGUCAGCCAGCCAGCCAGCCAGCCAGCAAGUCUGCAUUAGGGCACACUCUCUGGUCACCAGGCCAGAGGGACACCCCACUCUUCAUACUUGGCCUGUGGUUUCACUCCUUGCUAGAAGUCCCCAAGCCUGGCCAUCAUUCACAGUCACAUGAUUAAUUGUGAUUUUUCUGGGGCAAAAAAAAAUGUUAUAGCAAGGUAAUUAUAGUGGGAGGGAGAGGAGGAAGGCAAAGAAAGAACAGGCAGGGAUGGAGGAGCCAGAGGACACCAUCAGGAGAUGAGCAAUCAGGGUUAAGUCAAGGCCAGGAGCAUAUGGAUGACAGGAGUCAAAGAGACUCAGUAUUUUUUCCAAGCCUCCAAAGAAGACCACAGUGAAUCCCAUGAGCAAUGUAAAAAUUGAGAUAAAUUCUAUUCAAGAGCGAUGUAUAAAUUCUGUGGGCUAGAGAUUUUGAUUUAAGCAAGCCAUGGAAAUACAUGGAGCAAGGGUGACACCCAGUGGGGAGACAGAAGAAUUUCAACUAUUUAGGUUCCAUUUUAUUGUCUUUACCCUUUCCUGUUCAAUAGAUGGACUGCACAUGAAGACCAUAAUUACCCUGCCUCUAUUUACAGCCAGGGCUUACUAUUUUGCAUGUGGUCUAUUGCAGUUACGUGUUUUUGCAAAGGUUUCUAGGUUAAGCCUUGGGGAAGGGAGUAAGGAGCUGAUUUCUGCUCAACGUCCCAGUCUUACCACCCUAGAAAGGGCAGGGAGUCUUGUCUCCCCCAGAGUUUCCUCUCCAGUGAGAACCAAGAACAGGCAAAAUUUAGAGCUCAACCAUCAUCUCUUCCUUUCUUCUGCUUUUUUGCUGUGACCACAGUUGCUCUACUUUUUGCAAAUAAGAAUAGGAAAUAUUACCCACAAUUAUCGAAGUAUUAUCCACACUAGCAUGUAGGGAAGACCAAUAUUCUGAAAUGGAAAAUACAAGAAUAAAUUCAUACACCCAUAUUUAUCUGUGAGUUUGUGGAAUGAGGGUGGCAAAGUCCUUGGGGAAACUGAAGAGCAGAGUUUGCCCAUCCAAAAAACCCCCUGUCCUCUGUAGGUCCAGCCAUAGAGAAGCCACAGCCUAGACGCCAUUCAUUGCCAUGGCUCACACUUAGAGCCCCAGGAGGACAGGAUAUUUAUAUAUUUCUGGGAUUUUGAUAGGUUUCAAUAUUCAAAGGACAGUGGAGAAGUUUAAAUUCUCUAUCAAAAAAAAAAAACACAACAUGUUAUAAAGUUUUCUAGGGAAAAAUAUCCAAAUUCCUGGAAGUGUGUCACGCGCCUUCUUGGGGCUCGCCCCUUGUCUGAGACUGCCGCAGAGGAAGAGCCGUUCUGGGCAUUUCUGAGCUGUAGCCCCACAGAAACACGUAGCCCAUCGUUCAUGCCAGCAUGCAUCUGCGCUCAGUCUUUCCAUAAAAGUAAUAGUAAGAUCAUUUCUCUCGCAGGCCUCACUGUAAAUAUUGUAUCCUCUGUUGGCAGCAUCUUCAAUCCGCCCCCGCCUGGGACGGUGGAAGGGUAGCUCCUGUGUGCGAAACGUCCCUCCGCUCGGAGCUGCCCGGCCCUAGUCAGCUGAGGCCAUUCAGAGACAGCGAGCUCUUCCUGUCCUCGUCCCCAGGGCCGAGUACUCUGAGCAACCGAGGCCACGGCUAGAGUGGGAGAGCAGGGCCCACGGCCGCGGAUCCCAGGGACGUGAGCUCGCCCUGGCGCCGCAUCGAUGGUGCCAUGGAGGGCCUCUCCCAGAGGCUCUUCUGCUUCAUUGUUUCGAAGUCGCUUUUGUUUCCUCUUUUUCCCAGUAAGUAGGAGUUCUGGUGCCCAGGUUGCCCGGGGCUGCCUGACUCUAGGGACUGGCAUGACAGCCUCCAGUCGGAGAGACGGAUAGGAGACGGAGUGGGGAGAAUGGGCCAUGCUGGCAAACACGAAAGCAAAGAGUACCUGGAAGUCAAGAGCUCUUCUGGGCUCUCUCCUUCCCCUUUCUCCAUCACAGGGCACUGGGCUCGGCCCUUCCUCUGUUCCGUGCGGUCUCUGCGGCGUGGUCAGUCGGCACCAAGGGGACGGCUUCACCGGAACGGACUGCGGGAGCUGAUCUGCCGUAUGGCAACGCAAGACAGCUGCA